GCCGUGUGAAAAUAGCAGACCAAAAGUUCUUAGUUAACUGCAGCGAGGGAGACUCAGAUUGGAAUGGAGGUAGAAAGAGUUGAUACAGACUGGGUUUAAUUCUGAGCCCUUUUUGGACUGAAUUUUGAACUGCAUUGCAUUGUUCAUGUGAAGAUGAGAGCAGUACCAGCAUCAAAAUAGUGACAGAGUUUUGAUGCCAUAGUCUAUAUGUACUCAGAGUAUUUUUAUUAAAGAAAAUAAAGAGCCUAGCAGAGAUUUUUGUCCUCAUCUGCACCCAACUGCAAAAUCAAAAGUUAAGGAACAGCAUCUGAGGACACUUUGUAGGUGGGAGAGAAUCUAGAGGAUGGCUCUCAAUGAUUGCUGGCUUCAGAGCGUGUCCUGCAACAUCUCUAAUCACAGUAUGGAUCUCCCCAUGAAUGAGGACUGGUUCCACCCAGGGAUCCUCUAUGUCAUCCCUGCAAUUUAUGGGGUCAUCAUUCUGAUAGGCCUCAUUGGCAACAUCACCCUGAUCAAGAUCUUUUGUACCGUGAAGUCCAUGCGAAAUGUGCCAAACCUCUUCAUCUCCAGUCUGGCUUUGGGAGAUCUGCUCCUCCUGGUAACCUGUGCUCCCGUGGAUGCCAGCCGGUACCUGGCUGACAGAUGGCUGUUUGGCAGGAUUGGCUGCAAACUGAUCCCCUUUAUACAGCUCACCUCGGUGGGGGUGUCCGUCUUCACACUCACGGCUCUCUCCGCAGACAGGUACAAAGCCAUUGUCCGGCCAAUGGAUAUCCAGGCCUCUCAUGCCCUGAUGAAGAUCUGCCUCAAAGCCGCAUUGAUCUGGAUCAUCUCCAUGCUUCUGGCCAUUCCAGAAGCUGUGUUUUCUGAUCUACAUCCUUUCCACGAGGAAAGCACCAAUCAGACCUUCAUCAGCUGUGCCCCAUACCCACACUCUAAUGAGCUGCAUCCCAAAAUCCACUCCAUGGCUUCCUUUCUGAUCUUCUACAUCAUCCCACUGUCGAUUAUUUCUGUCUACUACUACUUCAUUGCCAAAAAUCUGAUCCAGAGUGCUUACAAUUUGCCUGUGGAAGGGAAUAUACAUGUCAAGAAGCAGAUUGAAUCCCGGAAGCGCCUUGCCAAGACAGUGCUAGUGUUUGUGGGCCUCUUUGCCUUCUGCUGGCUCCCCAACCAUGUCAUCUACCUGUACCGCUCCUACCACUACUCCAAGGUGGACACCUCCAUGCUUCACUUUGUCACCAGUAUCUGCGCCCGCCUCCUGGCCUUCACCAACUCCUGUGUCAACCCUUUUGCCCUCUACCUGCUGAGCAAGAGUUUUAGGAAGCAGUUCAACACCCAGCUCCUCUGUUGCCAGCCUGGCCUAUUAACCCGGUCUCACAGCACCGGCAGAAGUACCACCUGCAUGACUUCCCUCAAGAGUACCAACCCCUCUGCAGCCACCUUCAGUCUUAUCAAUGGAAACAUCUGUCAUGAGGGGUAUGUCUAGACUGACCAUUGACCCUGCCCGGCUGGGGCCCCUUGGUUUUGCU